GCUAUGCUCUCAUUCGAUAGACUUCCCCUAGAUUAGGGUGGUCCUGCGUGGAUUCCACCUGGGAGUGUUUUUGAAUCCUUUCUUGUUUAUUCAGUCUUCUCUGUUUCUUUAUCUGACUCCAGGAUGAGUCAAACGUGCUUACCAGCAUGUAUUGCAGAAUCCCCCGGUUUCUAACCGGGAAAUGGUCGCCCCGCGUCUCUGGGAGGAACUUCCUGGCUUUGCUCGUGGACCUCCACAAGUUGUUGAUGUAACACAUUCUCGGCAGCUAGAGAGGACUAAAUAUACUAACUGGCUUGAGCUGACCUUUGCUCUAGAUUUAGAAGAGAGGCAUGGCGACCUGUUUCUCCCACAUGGAAACAAACAGUGGAGCGGAUUUUAUGCCCAGGUGUUUGCCAUAUAGCUUGAUACAAAACCAUGUCCUGGAAAACUAUAAGCCAAUCUAAUUUAUAGAAAUAAACUGAGUGAGAAUCAUUAUUUUUUAUUGGUACCACUUAAUGUGAAGAAAAUGCACAUUUUCCAAAAAUAUGGAAAAAACGUUCCAUUUGCCUUAUUGGGUCCAAAUGUUAGGUUUAAAUUAUUUUACUAUGCAAACUUUCUUUCAUAUCUUGGCAGUAGUGAUUUCCAUUUUUAUUCCUUUGGUAUCCAUAAUCUUAUGAGAAUCAAAAACAUAUGCUUUGAGAUCACUGGACAGCUCCUCCUCCCACAUUUUAAAAAUGCACAAGGAAGGUUAUUGCUCUGGUAGCAAAAAUAACAGGAACGCUAUGGGAGAAAAUUAUGAGGACAUCGAGGCUGAAUGGGAAAGAGGUUCAAAAGGUGCACUCCGGUUUUCAUGCUUUUGAUUUGCAAGUCAUUAAGCUGGAAGAGCCCCUGCCUCCUGCUGACUGCCACUAGGAAUGUAAUUUUUUCUUCUCUAAUAGAGGAUUGCUUAUUCAAUGACUCCAGGUUUUCAAUAUCGGAGGAGAAUAGGCGAUCUGGAUUUUCCAGGGCUGCCUAAGAUGGGGCGCUGGUUACAGGGCUAAGAGUAGAUGGACUUCUGGCCUCCCCUUUGUCUGCACGAGGAGGGUGCCCUUGGUGGGGAGGCAGAAGCAUCUCACAAAUUUUGGUCUCAGGAACUUUAGGCUGACAGAGAGAAGCCAGUGAAGAGAUGAAUGCUUUGUGUUCUCUCCUGAGGAAAAAUUAUUAGAAUUAAAAAAAAACACUUGAGGAGAGUCAGAUAUUAAAAUGUGAUGAAAGGGUGUUUUGUAGCCAGGGUUGAAGCGAUGGGCAUCUCUUGGGACAACUGGCACAGGAGUUCCAAGACCGGGGGCAGGAGAAAGCUCUACCACAGGAAGCACGAGCUGGGACGCCCCAUUGCCAACACUAAGAUUGGCCCCCACCGCAUACACGCAGUUCAAGUUCCAGGAGGCAGUAAGUACUGUGCCUUGAGGCUGGACCUGGAAAACUUCUCCUGGGGCUCCAAGUGUUGUAUGCACAAAACAAGGAUUGCUGAAGUCGUCCACAAUGCAUCCAACAACCGACUGGUCCACACCAAGCCCCUGGUGGAGGACUGGAUCGUGUUCACUGACAGCACCUGGUACCCACAGUGGUACGGGUCCCCCUGUGCACUGCUCCCGGGCCACAAGAAGGGGACCAAGCUGGUUCCCGAGGAGGAAGGGAUUUUAACCAAAAAACAUUCAAAGAAAAUUCAGGAGAAAUAUGAUGAAAGGAAAAAGAAUGCCAAAAUCAGCAGUCUUCUGGAGGAGCCGUUCCAGCAGGGCGAGUUCCUUGCACGCAUGGCUUCAAGACCAGGCCAGUGUGGCCCAGCAGAUGGCUGUGUGCUAGAAGGCAAGGAGCUCGAGCUCCAUCUUAGGAAAAUCAAAGCCCAGAAAGGCAAAUAA